UGGAAAACUGCACUGCAUCGAUGGUUAUGCAAGCCAUGUCAAAGGGCCUGAGAAGGAAAGAAGCUGAUAAAUGCUCUGAAUUAUUUUGAAGAGAUGAAUUAAAGAGAUAAAGCCCAUAGGACAGUGACUGAUAGAAAGAAAUGAAGAACGAGUGAGAUUGAAGCAGCGUGACCAAACCGAUAUACUGUGUCCUGCGGGGGGCCGAAUGAAAACACAAGCUGUCACCUCAGGUUUUGUCACACCACAACACACACCUGCUUCCCCUCCCACAGCACAGGACAAAGUAAUGUCCCGUGUUGAGAGCUGUCAUUGAGGGCUACAUGUUCCUGUUACUGGGCCAUCUGAAGCGCUCUGACUGCUGUAUGUUCUGGGGGUUUCUGUGGUGCUGACAUGUGGUGCUCGAGCCUUCAGUGCUGCUUUGGUCUCUGCUCAGUGGACUUCAGCGAGUGCAGGCCCAUCUGAACCAAGAGCGGGAAAAGCGGGUGGUGUUUCUCACAGCCCGCGUUCACCCUGGAGAAUCACCUGCUUCCUUCAUCUGUCAGGGUGUCAUCGACUUUCUGGUCAGUCAGCAUCCCGUCGCUCAGGUCCUGCGUGAUCAUGUGAUCUUUAAGAUCGUUCCCAUGCUCAACCCUGACGGCGUGUAUCUGGGAAACUACAGGUGUUCUCUAAUGGGCUUCGAUCUGAACCGUCAUUGGCAGGACCCUUCCCCUUGGGCCCAUCCGACUUUACAUGCCGUCAAACAACUCAUUGUCCAAAUGAACCAAGACCCAAAAGUGAGUUUGGAGUUCUACAUUGACGUGCACGCCCACUCCACCAUGAUGAAUGGCUUCAUGUAUGGUAACGUCUUUGAGGAAGAGGAGAGAGGGCAGAGACAGGCCGUCUUUCCUCGACUCCUGUGCCAAAAUGCGUCUGACUUCUCUCUUUCCAGUACAUCGUUUAACCGUGAUGUGGUCAAGGCUGGUACCGGCCGACGGUUCCUGGGUGGUCUGUUGGAUGACACAUCAUACUGCUACACGCUGGAGGUCUCCUUCUACAGCUACCUGCCAGCAGGAAGCACCUCACCUGUGCCAUACACUGAGGAUGGCUACAUGAAGCUGGGCAGAAACGUGGCCCGGACAUUCCUGGAUUACUACAAACUGAACAACCUGAUAGAUGAAAGCAAACUCACCGGACACAUUAAUAGCACUUUCGAUGGAACAUCCACCAGUCAUCAAGGAAACAAUGCUGGAAAUGGGAAGGUUAAAAGUGACAGAAAACCCCAUGGAGUCAGGGAUUACUAAAAACACAGGAAAUACUGAGCGGUUCCACAUCCUCGACUGAGACGUUGUGAACUAUGGUCCACUUGCAAAUUAUGUUUUCAUAUCAGCCCACAGCAAUCCAGCAGAUAUUUGUUGUCUAAGUUUUUAUGUGCUGAUAGGACUCAAAGACUGUGAAUAAGUCUUCGGUAUUAAUUCUCACUUGUGAGAUAUUGCACAGAGAAAACAUCAACUGUAAAUUAUCCCACCGGCUACAUUUAUUGCUUUUUCAGUGCUUUGUUGAAUACAAACUACUUUCUUUGCCUUGUAUUUGGAGUUGCCUAUUAUCAGUACAGAAAUUGUAUUUCACUCAGCUGUACUCAUUCUGAUAAAGUGAUUACUUUUAUGAAUUCUUUAAUUGUCUAGAUAGUCAUCUUGAGUUGUUUAUUCAAACCUGAAUGUUUGAAAUUGCUUAAAUAAAAAGCAAUUGACCUGUAAUGUUUUAUUAUAUUCAUGCUUUGUGUUCAUAAAUUUGCUUCUAAUAAAGUGUUUGAUAAAAAAUGGC